AUGUAAUUCAUAUAUAGUGAUCACAUAAUUUAAACAUUAUAAAAAUUCUAAAUUCUAUUCAUUCUUAAAAUUCUAAAUUCUACCUAAUUCUAAAAUCUAAAUUUAAUAUUUUUAAAGAAAAAAACUUCAAAUUUAAUUCUUUCAAUUAAUAAAUAAAGUAAUAAAUAAAUAAAUAAGGCAGGUUUAUAAAUACAUUUUAUAAAAAAUGUUGAUACUUUUAAAAUUUUAAAAAAAAUAUCUUUUAUUAACUCAGUGAAAUCAAUAAUUUCUAAAAUGGCAAUAGCUGAAAUAAUAAAGUACUUCAACCUUUGA